GAAAAAAUUGAAAUGAAAAAGAAUAUUAAAGGGUGGAAAUCUAGUAAAGGUAGGUGCUUGAUACAAGAGAAAAAUGAUUGACAAAUAUCUAUUUACAACCCACAAAUUUGUCUCUCCAAAGCGCUUUAUCUUGCACAUUUCUUUCUCUCUCUUCCCCCAAAUCCCAUCUGUUCACAACACGAGAGAGAAAGAGAGGUAGAGAAGACCAAGAGUUUUUUUUUUUGGUUACCAUGGCAUUUGCAGGAACAACCCAGAAAUGCAUGGCAUGUGAGAAGACUGUGUAUUUGGUUGACAAGUUAACUGCAGAUAAUAGAGUCUACCACAAAGCUUGUUUUAGAUGUCAUCACUGCAGGGGAACCCUCAAGCUUGGAAACUACAAUUCCUUUGAGGGAGUUCUAUACUGCAGGCCACACUUUGAUCAACUCUUCAAAAGAACUGGCAGCCUUGACAAAAGCUUUGAAGGAACUCCUAAAAUUGCAAAACCAGAGAAACCAGUUGACAACGAGAAACAGAAACCUCUGACAAACAAAGUUUCAAGUAUGUUUGGUGGAACGAGAGAAAAAUGCGUUGGUUGCAAGAAUACUGUCUAUCCAACUGAAAAGGUCUCGGUAAAUGGAACUGCAUACCACAAGAGCUGUUUCAAAUGCACACAUGGAGGAUGCGUCAUCAGUCCAUCAAACUACAUUGCACACGAGGGGCGCCUUUACUGCAAACACCAUCAUAUUCAACUCAUCAAGGAGAAAGGCAACUUAAGUCAGCUAGAGGGCGAUCAUGAGAAGAAUUCGGUAGGAACUGGUGUUGUGGCUGCGGAAACAUAAACCGAUGAGGAUAUGAUAUCUAAUGGUUACGCUUUGUGGUCAUGUUUUUAUUUUAACCUCUGUAUCGGUGUACUACUUUCUGGAGUUAAACUAGAUUUCUUGGAAUCAUGAAUGUGUUUAUGCAUAAAAAGAGUUGAAUUCUGUGUUUCGAAUUGCUGAGUGUGCAGGCUGGCUUUUGUUGAUAUUCUUGGUUCAUGUCAUAAAUUGCUGAGACAUAAAUGUUGAUUAAAUUUGAAGUUACUUGUGUUGAUAUUA